AUGGUCAAACUCAAGCUUGCCAGGCUUGCCUUGGCCGUCAUGGCCUUACUUUGUCUCUACUCUUCUGCGUGGGCUCAUGCGCAAAUGUCCUCUGACGAGCGUGCACAGCAUCAUAGCAAUACCAAGCGUGAUAGCGAAGCUUUGAGCCAGUGUCUGCAGUCGCCGGAGAUGCAUGAGCACAACAUACACACGACCGCCCAUCGGGACGACACUCUCUAUCGUCUCCGCAAAGCGCAUACUCUUCGCAGAGACCUCAUACAGCGUAACCGCGAAUCCGCCAACAAAUGGGCCGCUGUGAAGCAUGGAGAAUCACCUGGCCAUUCUCAAGACCCUCAAGACAUCUUCAACUUCCGCUGGAACGAGGAUCCCACGUACAACAACACUGGCUGCGCAUUAGCUGGCCUAUCGACAUACGGCCCAUACUGGCACGAGGGCCAGACGAGGCGCGCGGACAUUCGCGCCGGACAGGACGGUGUUUACCUGCGCCUGGCAAUACAGAUCAUCGACGUGUCCACGUGCAAUCCUCUUUCCGGCGCGCAAGUUGAUACAUGGCAAGCCACCUCGAUGGGCGAGUACAGUUCGACCAUGAACGGCUACCUCCGCGGCUGGCAACCUUCUUCGAAACAUGGAACUGUCGAUUUUGACACCAUCUUCCCGGGACACUACAGCGGUCGCGCAUCCCACAUUCACAUUGUUGUUCGCGCGCUGGAAGAGAAACGCGUAGUACAAUUCGGCAUGAUCUACUUCGACCAGGACAUUCGGGAUGAAGUUGAGCGGACCGGCAAGUACAAGAACAACAAGCAAGAACUAAAAGAUAAUAUCGGCGACGACUUUAUCCAAUAUGAUUCGUCAGACUCGUAUGACCCGUAUGUCCGAUGGGCCAGAAUCGGUAACGGUCUGGAUGGGGGUUUGCUUGGAUGGAUUACGAUCGGAGUGAACACUAAGGAUAACCACGUUCCGCAGCCGCCCAACUCAAAGCGUAGCGUCAUCGACUGGCACCUCGAGUAA